GUAAUUUUAUAAGUCCUGUAUGUGAGGUUUUUAUAUGCAUACAAUUUCGUUUUCCUUGACCGCUUCAAAUAGAAGUACAUCCUCUGUUUCUUUGCUAGCAGAAAUCAUAAUUUGGGGCCAGAAUUCAAAGCAACUCGCGGCAAAACAUUUCCGUUUCUUCUUCUGAUUUUGUCUUUAAUCGGUCGGAGCUCGUUCUCUUUCCCUCUCUCUUUUUAUCCUUCACUCACUUCCUCUAUUUCUCUCGCCGUCAAUGAAACCCCAUACAGUUCUUUAUGCUCAAGCAAUCAAGCUUCACAAACUGAGACGUUGCUUCCCCACAAACCAAUCUCACUCCCAUCCAUAUUUUUCUUCAGUUCCUGUUUCCUACACUUCACAGCAAACCCAAAAUGUCCCUCCUACAAAUCCCACAAAUGAUGUCUCCCAGCAGUUCAUUCUGAACUCGAUCCACUCUUCUCAGUGGCAUUUAAUCGAACAGGUCUCGGCUGAGCUCUCCCCUGCUUCAAUUUCGGAUACUUUGUUAAGUCUCCAGAAAAACCCACAGCUCGUUUUUCAAUUCAUAACCCAUGUUGGGUGUUUGGAUGUCAGAAACCACUGCCUCGCCAUUGCCAUUGUCGCUCGCCAACCAUCCCCAAAACCCACUUUACAACUUUUAAACAAAGUUAUCAAUAGUGGCAUUGCAAUGAUUAAGGAGAUAUUUGUUGAGCUGAGGGAUGCAAGAGAACGUUUGAGUAUAAAAAGUAGCAUUGUUUUUGAUUUGUUGAUAAGGGCUUGUUGUGAGUUGAAGAGGGCUGAUGAGGCUUUUGAGUGCUUUCACAUGAUGAAGGAGGAUGGAGUCGUUCCAAAGAUUGAGACUUGUAAUGAUAUGUUAAGUUUGUUCUUGAGACUGAAUAGAUUGGAGAAGGCAUGGGUUUUGUAUGCUGAGAUGUUUAAGUUGAGGAUAAAGUCUAGCGUCUAUACUUUUAACAUAAUGAUUAAUGUGUUGUGUAAAGAAGGGAAGUUGAAGAAGGCAAAAGAAUUUAUUGGGUUUAUGGAGUGUUUGGGGGUGAAGCCCAAUGUUGUUACCUAUAAUACAAUCAUUCAUGGGUUUUGCUCAAGUGGGAAACUUGAAAGGGUUCAUGCAAUCUUUAAUGUAAUGAAACGCAAAGGUGUUGAGCCGGAUUCAUAUACAUAUGGUUCACUUAUUAGUGCCUUGUGCAAGGAAGGAAAACUUGAGGAAGCAUCUGGGAUGUUUGAUAAAAUGGUGGAAACCGGGUUGGCCCCUAGUGCCGUGACCUAUAAUACAUUGAUCGAUGGUUAUUGCAACAAAGGUGAUUUGGAGAAAGCUUUCAGUUAUAGGGAUGAGAUGGUUAUGAAGGGUCUAAUGCCGACUGUGUCAACUUACAAUAUGUUGAUUCAUGCAUUGUUUAUGGAAGCAAGAAUGGCCGAAGCUGACAACCUGUUUAAAGAAAUGGGAGAGAAGGGAAUAAAUUCUGAUUCCAUUACUUAUAAUAUCUUAAUCAACGGCUAUAGCAGAUGUAGGAAUGUGAAGAAAGCAUUUAGCUUUUUUGAUGAAAUGUUGAGUAAAGGGAUUCAGCCUACAAAGAUUACAUAUACAUCACUUAUUUGUGUUUUGAGUAAACGGAAUAGAAUGAAGGAGGCAGAUGACUUAUUUGAGAAGAUGAUCGAUAAAGAUGUUUUGCCUGAUCUUGUGAUUUUCAAUGCAUUGCUUGAUGGUCACUGUGCAAAUGGUAAUAUCAACCGUGCGCUCUCACUUUUGGAGGAGAUGGAUAAACUGAAGGUUCCUCCAGAUGAAGUGACUUACAAUACACUGAUGCAAGGACAUUGCAGGAAAGGAAAGGUUGAAGAAGCUCGUGAACUUCUCAAUGAGAUGAAGAGAAGAGGAAUUAAGCCUGAUCAUAUUAGUUACAAUACCCUCAUUAGUGGUUAUAGUAAAAGAGGUGAUAUGAAGGACGCGUUUAAAGUUCGGGAUGAAAUGUUGAGUAUAGGUUUUGAUCCUACCCUUCUCACUUAUAAUGCCCUUAUAGAAGGCCUAUGCAAAAACCAGGAAGGUGUUCUUGCUGAAGAGCUGCUUAAAGAAAUGGUAAGCAAAGGGAUUAAACCUGAAGACAGCACCUAUAUUUCUCUAAUCAAGGGAAUUGGGAAAGAUGGUGAGUUUUUGAAGAGUGCUGAUUCAUGAAUUACUUGUUUGCCCCUGAAGUUCUGUACUUUCUAGGGGUAAAAGUCUGGCAUUAUUUAUUUGUUUUACUCUUUAAAGAUUGAGCCAAUUGACAUGCUCAACUGAGGCCUUUGCCAUUUGGUCACACUCUCUUGUAAGGUCGUGCAUCCUGUUUCUUUGGUGUUCAUUCAUUUAUUAUUAUCAGUAUUGAGCAAUAUAUUUGUAGCUGCACUGCAAUUCAAUGUUGCUGCAGUAUAUUAUGCAUUGAAAGAGUAAUGAGAUAAAGGCAGAAGUCAUUGCCUGGAAAAUUUUUCA